UCGUGGUGCAGGCUGCUGACGGGCGGGCGCUUUGCGGUUUGAAUGGCUGCCGGCCCGGGCCCUCAGCUCCUCUGAAGAGCCACGGCCUCGGGGUGCGCCAUGCCAUCUGGAGGCAACCAGUCGCCACCACCUCCUCCUCCGGCCGCAGCCAGCUCCGAGGAGGAAGAGGAGGAUGGCGACGCCACGGACGGCGCGCAGCCCGCGGGGUCCCCGGGCCCUCAGAUCCAGCAGCGGUUCGAGGAACUGUGUAGCCGCCUCAACAUGGACGAGGCGGCGCGAGCCGAGGCCUGGGGCAGCUACUGCAGCAUGAGCGAGAGCUACACGCUGGAGGGAAAUGAUCUUCAUUGGUUAGCAUGUGCCUUAUAUGUGGCUUGCAGAAAAUCGGUCCCAACUGUAAGCAAAGGGACUGUCGAAGGAAACUAUGUGUCCUUAACAAGAAUCCUUCGAUGUUCCGAGCAGAGCUUAAUCGAAUUUUUUAACAAGAUGAAGAAGUGGGAAGACAUGGCAAAUCUACCCCCACAAUUCAGAGAAUGUACUGAGAGAUUAGAAAGAAACUUCACUGUUUCUGCUGUGAUUUUUAAGAAAUAUGAACCCAUUUUUCAAGACAUUUUUAAAUAUCCCCAAGAAGAGCAACCUCGCCAGCAAAGAGGACGGAAGCAGAGGCGACAGCCCUGUACCACAUCUGAAAUUUUCCACUUUUGUUGGGUGCUUUUUAUCUAUGCAAAAGGCAACUUCCCCAUGAUCAGUGAUGAUUUGGUGAACUCUUACCAUCUUCUGCUGUGUGCAUUAGAUCUAGUUUAUGGAAAUGCCCUACAGUGUUCUAAUCGUAAAGAACUUGUAAACCCUAAUUUCAAAGGCCUGUCAGAGGACUGUCACCCUAAGGAUUCUAAACCUUCCUCUGACCCACCUUGUGUCAUUGAGAAGCUGUGUUCCUUACAUGAUGGUCUCGUGUUGGAGGCAAAGGGAAUAAAGGAGCAUUUCUGGAAGCCCUAUAUUAGGAAACUCUUUGAAAAGAAGCUCCUCAAGGGGAAGGAAGAAAAUCUUACCGGCUUCCUGGAGCCCGGCAACUUUGGGGAGAGUUUUAAGGCUGUUAAUAAGGCUUAUGAAGAAUAUGUGUUAGCUGCUGGGAAUCUGGAUGAACGGAUAUUUCUUGGCGAGGACGCUGAGGAGGAAGUUGGGACUCUCUCACGGUGUCUGACUGCUGCCUCAGGUACAGAGAGUGCUGAACGAAUGCAGGUGAAAGACAUCUUGCAGCAGCAUCUUGACAAGUCAAAAGCACUUAGAAUCUGCACACCACUGACUGGCGUGAGUUAUGCUCAGGAGAACAGCCCUUGUGUGACCCCUGUCUCCACAGCUGCAUAUAGUUUAAGUCGUCUUCACACCAUGCUGAGUGGCCUCAGGAACACACCCAGUGAGAGGCUGGAACAGAUACUCAGGACAUGUUCCCGAGAUCCAACUCAGGCUAUUGCUAACAGAUUGAAAGAAAUGUGUGAAAUAUAUUCACAGCAUUUCCAGCCAGAUGAGGAUUUUAGUAAUUGUUCUAAAGAAAUUGCCAACAAAUAUUUUCGUUUUGCAGAAAUGCUUUACUAUAAAGUAUUAGAGUCUGUUAUUGAGCAGGAACAAAAAAGAUUGGGAGACAUGGAUUUAUCUGGUGUUCUGGAACAAGAUGCAUUCCAUAGGUCACUCUUGGCCUGCUGCCUUGAGGUUGUCACUUUUUCCUAUAAGCCUCCUGGGAAUUUUCCAUUUAUUGCUGAAAUAUUUGAUGUACCACAUUAUCAUUUUUAUAAGGUAAUAGAAAUAUUUAUUAGAGCAGAAGAUGGUCUUUGCAGAGAAGUGGUUAAACACCUCAACCAGAUUGAAGAACAAAUUUUAGAUCAUUUGGCAUGGAAAGCAGAGUCCCCACUGUGGGACAGAAUUAGAGAUAAUGAAAACAGAAUCCCUACAUGUGAAGAGGUAAUGCCACCUCAGAACCUAGAAAGGACAGAUGAAGUUUGUGUUGCCGGCUCUCCCCUAACCCCGAGAAGGGUGAGUGAAGUGCGUGCUGAUGCUGGCGGGCUUGGAGGAGGUAUAACAUCUCCAACCACAUUAUAUGACAGGUACAGUUCCCCAACAAUCAGUACUACUAGAAGGCGGCUAUUUGAGAGCGAUAGUCCCUCUGAAGGAGGUACAUCUGGGCGCAUCCCCCAACAACCCCUAGUCAAUGCUGUCCCUGUGCAGAAUGUGUCUGGGGAGGCUGUUUCUGUCACACCAGUUCCUGGACAGACCUUGGUCACCAUGGCAACAGCCACAGUCACAGCCAACAAUGGACAAACAGUGACCAUUCCUGUACAAGGUAUUGCAAAUGAAAAUGGAGGGAUAACAUUCUUCCCAGUCCAAGUCAAUGUUGGGGGUCAGGCACAAGCUAUGACUGGCUCUCUCCAGCCCCUUAGUGCUCAAGCCCUGGCUGGAAGUCUGAGUUCCCAACAAGUGGCGGGAACAACUUUGCAAGUCCCUGCUCAGGUGGCUGUUCAGCAGAUUUCCCCAGGUGGACAACAGAAACAAGGCCAGCCUUUAACCAGCAGCAGUAUUAGAACCCGGAAGACCAGCUCUUUAUCACUUUUCAUUAGAAAGGUUUACCACUUAGCAGGUGUCCGCCUUCGGGAUCUUUGUACAAAACUAGAUAUUUCAGAUGAGCUGAGGAAAAAAAUUUGGACCUGCUUUGAAUUCUCUAUAAUCCAGUGUCCUGAACUGAUGAUGGACAGACAUCUGGACCAGUUGUUAAUGUGUGCCAUUUACGUGAUGGCGAAGGUCACAAAAGAAGACAAAUCCUUCCAGAAUAUCAUGCGCUGUUACAGGACUCAGCCACAGGCCCGAAGCCAGGUAUACAGAAGUGUUUUGAUAAAAGGGAAAAGGAAAAGAAGAAAUUCUGGCAACAGUGACAGCAGAAGCCACCAAAAUUCUCCAACAGAACUAAAUAAAGACAGAGCCAGUAGAGAUUCCAGUCCAGUAAUGAGGUCAAACAGCACCUUACCAGUUCCACAGCCCAGCAGUGCCCCUCCUACACCAACUCGACUCACAGGUGCCAACAGUGACAUUGAAGAAGAGGAGAGAGGAGACCUCAUUCAGUUCUACAACAACAUCUACAUAAAACAAAUCCAAACAUUUGCCAUGAAAUACUCACAAGCAAAUCAGAUGGACACUCCUCCUCUCUCUCCUUAUCCAUUUGUAAGAACAGGCUCCCCUCGUAGAGUACAGUUAUCUCAGAAUCAUCCUAUCUACAUUUCCCCACACAAAAAUGAAGCAACGCUCUCUCCUCGAGACAAGAUUUUUUACUACUUCAGCAACAGCCCAUCAAAGAUUCUGUCAUGUGUAAUAACACAAGAUAAAGAAGCCAUGUAUGCAUUGUGCAUAGAAAAACAACAAAGAAGCAUGAACACUAUCCUUUGAUCCCACAAGUACAGCUUGGUACCGCCCUCCCACCCCAAUGUUAGGAUCUGAAUGUUUGAACUGUGAAAAAAAUAUCAUGUAAUGAGCUAUGUACAAAAUAUCAUGUACUGUAUGUACAUAAUAAAUUACAAAAAUAUAAUUUAUAAAUGUGCUAUUUGUUAUUGAAGAGUAACUUUAUAAUUUAUGUAGCAUGUAAUCAACUGAUGUAGUCAGUGAUCAAUAUAAGGAAUACUGAGGUAAAUUGGAGACCCAUAGAGACAGCAAAUGUGGACUAGACUUCUUUUAGGAAAGAAGAGAAAGGAUCAAAGGAGGCUUUGUCUAUGAUAUUUAAAUUUUUGAAAAUACAUAUGCUGACAAACAACAUUGAUGAUUUAAUUCUAUUUCUUUCAGAGUAAAGAAUUAAAAUGACGGGCUAGAGUGUGGGUGAGUGGUAGAAUAUUUACCUGGGUCUAAUCCCCAGAACCACAAAAAGGAAAAGAUAAGUGAAAUGUCUAGGAUAUACUAUUCUUUUGGCUUUCGAUCUCACAUAGCCCAGGCUGGCCUCAACUUUGCUGAGUAGUUAAGGGUGGCCUUGAACUUCUGGUCCACCUGCCUCUACCUCUGGAGUGCUGAUACUCUAGGUGUGCAUCCCCAUGCCAUUUAUGCAGUGUUGAGAAGUGAACAUGGGGCUUUUUCAUGCUAAGCUAAAGCAUUCUACCAAUGAGCUACAGCCUUAGCCCUAGGAUAUGCAUUUUUAAAUCUGAGGGAUGAGAAGUGACUAGAGACCCGAACUGUCCAAGCUGGGUGGUGUGAGGAUUCACUAUUCCUAUUCAUUCACUAUCCUGAUAGUCCUUAAACUAUGUGUAUGUUAACAUUUUCAAUAUCUUUUUUCUUUUUUUUUCUAUUUUGGUUUUUCCAAGACAGGGUUUCUCUAUAUUGUUUUGGAGCCUGUCCUAGAACUCACUCUGUAAACCAGGCUGGCCUGGAACUCACAGAAACCCGCCUGUCUUUGCCUCCCGAGUGCUGGGAUUAAAGGUGUGUGCCACCAAUGCCUGGUUUCAAUAUCCUUUUUAAAUAAGAAACACGAACAAAAAUUCUAGCCAACAGGUACCAGAAGAACAGUUUCUGAAAAGACUUUGAGGCCUGGAGAAACAAUGCUACUGACAUAUUGGGCUGCUCACUGAAGCCACUGAACAUGAGAAAUAAAUGUAGUAACUCCUCAGUUCUCCCUAGAAGAAACUGCUUCCAGAGGCCGCUGAUGCAUUACCUGCAAUGAAAGCCUUCAGGGACUAAAGCUUAUUUCUCUAGUGACACUGUGGCUGAGGCCUGCUAGAAAACAAGUGACUCAGGCAUGGUGUCCCAGCUGUUGGGGACAAAGGCAGGAAAACCACAAGGUCAGGUCCUGCAGAGUUCAAAGCUAGUUUCAAAAUGAAGAAACUUGGCAUAGUAGCUCACACUUUUAAUUCUAGCAUGCAUGAGGGGGAGAUGAUGUGAGUUUGAGGCCAGCUAGCCUGGGCUACAGUGACACACUGUCUCAAAACAAGAAAAAAGGUGUGUGGUACUUGAGACAAGGUCUUAAUAUAUAACUUCAGCUGAUCUUGUCCUCAAUUUGUAAGCUCGGUUGACUAUAAACCUACAGCAAUCCUCUUGCUUCUGCCACCCAAGUGGUGAGAUCAUAGGAGCCACUGACCUUUAAGGUCAUGCUGCCUUUUAGAGUAUACGUGGGGCUGUUAAGAUAGCUCAGUGGGUGAUGGCAUCUGCCACAAAAGCCCCACAUAAAGGUAGAAGGAAAAAACUGACUCCACAAAUACACACGCAUGCACGCAUGUGCGUGCACUGACCUCCACACAUACACUUUAGACAAAAAUCUCAAAGUGGAUGUGAGUAAACAUGGCAUAACUAUGAUACUCUAGAACUAAUAGACAAGUUGUUGGGCAUGUGUAUUGUAGAUAUGUGUAUCACAAUCACCAACCAAGUUUGUUGAAAACAGGAAUGUCUUGCCUAACCCAGAGUCAUCAGUGUCCCGACUGGAUCUGCUUAGGGUUUUCUUUCUGCAAGGGUGUUCAAAUGCUUAAACGGCUGAACUCACUUGAGACGCUAACUUAAUACAGAGCAAUGUGCUUUAGCAUUUUAAAGUGUUUGUGUCUAUUUUUUCCUUACCACAGAGACUGAGAGAAAUUAACAGUAUGAUACAGACAGGAGAGACUCCAAC